UUUGGGGUGGCCUUUCUCUCAUCUGGUUCUGUUGCUUUUUUUUUUCAUUUCAGGCAUAGGAAGAGGAAGAAGAAGUCGGCAUCGCCAGUCCUGACCCAGACGACAGCUGCGACAUAG